UCAUUUGCAGUACUUCAUCAGCUGUAUCGUUGGUCGGAUGUGCAAAAAUCGUCGUGGAAUACGUGCGCGCCGAGUACUAGGGACUCUUUUUUCUGCUUCAUAGGACAUCAAUCAGUUAUGUAUAUUAUCUGUGUUUGACAAUCAAAUGGAUAGUGGUAAUGUUCGUGCGCCCCCAGCUGAAGGAACCGAUCCCGUUGAUGAUCCCGCCAUGAACAAACGAUAAGCUGUGCAACUGAGUUUUAAUUGCGACCAAUGAAUGUGUUAAGCUACUGAUUGAAUGAACGAGUGGCAGUUUAUUGGUUUGCCUCGGUGUGUGUUCAAUUUAUUAUGCCUGAGUUGAUAAAUCAUUUGCUAGUUUAUUGGCUAGUCUCACGGUUGUAAAGAGUGGUGUGUUUGUGUUUGAAAUAAAUCUAAUUCAUUAACGAACCCCGGUAAUUGUUCUAGUAUUGAGAAUUUUUUAUCAGUGCUAUUCGAAGCCUUGCAGAAGGUGCAUCACCAGUGAGACAUGCAACAAAAUUGCUGAAACACCUGCUUCAAGAACCGACCGAGAAUUCACCCGAGCCCAACAGCGGAAGAAUCGUGCCAAAGCUACGGUAUCCGCAACCAACCAGAACACUAGAGACACAUAGUGGUUGAAAUUUUACCUCUGUGCUGGCUUUGCGACAGGACACGAAAAAAAUCGCAUUCCACAUUCCUCUACCAAGCAAAGUGGGGCUGGCCGGGUGAGGAAAAUGUAAAAUAAUGCAAAAACAGUCAAGAUGACGAUAAAACUUCACGAGUGCAAACAUAAACAUCAUCAUAAACAUCAUCGCAGUGACAACAGUCGUAGAAUUAAUUUAACUUCCGGCACAGCGGACGGUAGUUGUGGGGUGUGGAAGGUGAAACCGGAAAAGGUGGUAACUAGUGCAGAUUACGGCGAUGGUGAAGGUGAGCUAGCGAAAUCUGACCCAGCUGCGGUGCUGGAAGACGUGGCGAGGGUAGCUUGCUCUGUUUCUGUACGAAACUUGAAGGCCAGCAGUAGUGUGUCCACCGCGCGUGCCUGUGAUGGUGAUACGGCGAAUGGUGGUCCAUCGCUAACAGCACGGUCGCAGCAGAGCAAACAGUAUCACAUCUGUCAGCAGAACAGCAGUUGGAGCCAUCCGAUUAGUUUUAGUGUAAAAUUGUUUCGUUCCCAAUUACUACAAACUGUGAUCGUGUUGUACAUAGCACUUGUAGUAAUUAUAGCAGAUGCAGUGGCAGCAUUUGAGCCUGAUUUUGUAUACCCACUGGAAAAUGUUACGGUAGCAAAAGGACGUGACGCCACGUUUACGUGCGUCGUGAAUAACCUUGGUGGUUAUAGGGUGAGUGGGGAGGCAACUCCAGCUAGGGUAGCCUGGAUAAAGGCUGACGCGAAAGCGAUCCUGGCAAUCCAUGAGCACGUGAUCACCAACAACGGGCGUCUGUCAGUGACGCACAAUGACUACAACACCUGGACGCUGGUGAUACGAAAUGUCAAAAUGGAAGACCGAGGGCUGUACAUGUGCCAGGUCAACACCGAUCCGAUGAAAAUGCAGACUGCAUUUCUCGAGGUUGUGAUCCCACCGGACGUCAUCUAUGAGGAGACAUCCGGCGAUAUGAUGGUCCCAGAGGGCGGCUCGGCCAAGUUAGUGUGCAAAGCACGUGGCUAUCCGAAACCGAAGAUCAUCUGGCGAAGGGAGGAUGGGCGAGAGAUAAUCGCACGUAACGGCACCCAUGGGAAGAUGAAAGCCACAGUCGUGGAAGGCGAGAUGCUAUCACUUACCAAGGUGACACGUUCGGAGAUGGGUGCGUACAUGUGCAUCGCGUCCAACGGUGUUCCACCGUCCGUGAGCAAGCGGAUGAAACUGCAAGUACAUUUUCAUCCUCUGAUACAAGUGCCGAAUCAGCUUGUUGGCGCCCCAUUGGGAACCGAUGUUACGGUAAUUUGCAAUGUGGAAGCAUCACCGAAGGCAAUUAACUACUGGCAGCGGGAAAAUGGCGAGAUGAUAAUCUCCAACGAUCGUUAUUCAAUGAACGAAAACGAAAGCUCAAUGUACGCGGUGCAGAUGACACUAGUGAUCCGCAAGCUGCACAAAGCCGAUAUGGGCGGUUACAAAUGCAUAUCGAAGAACAGCAUCGGUGAUGCCGAGGGCACGAUUCGGUUGUACGAGAUGGAGCUCCAGAAAAAAACCAAAUCAGCACAUAGACUGAACAGCGUGGAGGAUUCUUCUGUUAAUGAUGAAAUCAACUCUACGCCAAACAUUGACCUACCCGAGGAGAAUAAUAAAAUCCACAAAAACGGGCGCCUGUACAAGGGACUGCAAGGUAGCGAGCACGAUCUGAUGAGUUCCUCUGGUGCAGCCGGAACUAUUGCAAUCGGUGGGGUCCACCCGUACCUGCUCCAUCAUCGGCCUCAUCAAUCAUCGUGGUCUGGCGGGGUGAAGCUGCUAAUUGUCCUGCUGGUGCACCUACGCCACCUGCUCGCCCGGCUACUGCUUCGAAUUUUCAAAACGAUGCAGCAUCCAAACGGUUGGUACCGAAGCUGCAGCGCUAUCUUCCGCUGGCCACAUUUGCCGACGGUACUGUUAAACUCGUCGUUGUGAUUUUCGCUGUUAAUUCUGCUGAUCGGUGUGCGUUUGAGCGUUGUUUAGGCCUGCUAGUUGUGUAAAUACCUUGGACUGUGUGCACAAGCUCUUUCCUUCCGCGGCAAAAGUUGUUAUCAUUGACAAAGUGAGAAACACCAGAGAGACCGCUCAUCACUAUCCACCCAAUGUGUGUGGAAAUUGCGACUGUUUUCCAUGACUCUUCCGCUAGCUGCUUCUACACGCUGGCUCAAUCAUAACAUGGUCGAAGAAGUUGAACGUAAAUAACUGUAUAUUUUAAAAGUAAGUGCCAAACAAAUAUUGCAAAUAGAUGAACAGGCGAUGACAGUGUCGUUAAAAACCAUACACACACGUUCAUACAAUUUAUAUUCAUAUUCAUUGCUGAUGGUAAAUAGCAUCAUUUUAUGAAGUAUUAUGAAUGCAAAACAAAAAUAUGAGAGUGUAUGAAAUAUUAUGACAAGUUUUUAUUAUGAAUAAAAAUCUGGCGCUUAUUGUUACGACGUAAAGAGAUAGCAAUUAUAAUAACAUAUGUCAUGUCACAAACAGAAGGUUCAAUGAAUAGAACACUGCUAAAUAAUGGUAGAUAAACAACAUAAAUAAAAGCAACCGUAACAAAUUUAGCCAAUCUAUGUACGGAUAUAUUUCCGCUGGAGAAGAAAUUGUUCUGCAGUUGUUUGUAAUGAUGCCGAAACGGUGCAUACGUUAAACAAUGCAAAUGAGUGGUGAAAACACAAUGGAAUUGCAGCAAAUCUGUAUCUGCUAUUACAAAAUAUGUAAAUAUGAAUACCAGUAAGAUCAUGGAUACACUAGAACAGAUAAAGCAACAAAUAAAAUAAAAUAAAAUAAACGAUUUAAAAAGUUAA